AUGGGUAGUACUUGCUGCUAAUAAAUUGCUAAUGUAUUCAAUAAUGAUAUUCAUCCUAAUGAGGAAGGCCAAGAAGAAAAUAUAGAGCCUCGAACUAAUGAGAUUCAAAACAAUUCUAUUUAUUAAAUUGAAGUUACUUUGAGCAAAUUGGAUACCAAUUUACAGUAAUUAAUCAUUUUAAGAGAAAAGAUACGUUAGCAUACUAAUAAUUAAUAAAAUCCUAAUGAUUAAAUAUGUAAUUUUCCUACUAAAAUAGAUAAUCUUUCCAAUAAAAUAAGUGAUUCUAUUAAUAAUAUCAUUUCUUAUUCCAAAAUGAUCAUGGAAGAUGAAAAUAGAAACUAUUAUUCUGAAAUUUAAAUCAAUCAAAUCAAUAAUUUUGCAAAUCAAAUUUAAAAUUCUGCUAUUAUUAUGGUUGAUAGCUUUGCUAGAGGAAUCAGUUCAUCUAACUAUUCCAACGAAUUAGUCAGCUAUCUUCAAGUUGAAGGACCUUUUAGUAUAAAAAAUAGUAACAAAACAAAUGGUUAAUAGAAUCAAUCAGAAACCUUCAUAUAGACAAAUAUUUUAUCAACUGGAGCUAGAUUUUGA